AAGACCGGUGAUCGCCAUCGAGUGCACCGUCUUCUCUCCCUCACCACCCAGCACAGCAGCCUUCCAGCCUUCUCAGCGUUUCCAGAGCAAGCCAGCGCCUCUCUCCUGAGUCUUAACCGUCCUUUUCGGUCUCCAACAGCCAAAAUGCGUUCCGUCGCUUUCCUCCUCCCCGCGCUCGUCGCCGCCAGCCCCGUCGCUCAGGUCGUUGGCAACGAUGGCUGGUCCGAUGCUCCGGACCCGAAGGAGAUCCAAAUUGUCUCUGCCACCUUCUCCGGCAACGGCUGCCCCCAGGGCAGUGUGUCCACCAACAUCUCGCCCGACAAGACGGUCAUCACCUUCGGCUUCGACAAGUUCCAGACCUACAUCGGACCCGGCUUCAGCCCGAGCGAGAGGACCAAGAACUGCCAGCUCCACCUCCAGCUCAAGUACCCCGGCGGCUUCCAAUUCUCGGUCCUCGAGUCGACCUACCACGGCUACGCGCAGCUCGAGGCGGGCGUGACGGGCAACUUCUACAGCACCUACUACUUCAGCCAGGACGCCAAGGCCACGACGACGACGCAGACGUCCAUCACGGGUGGCGGCAUCUGGGCCGAGGGCCAGGUGUACACCAAGGCCGACAAGGUGCCCACGGCGUCCUACAUCUACUCGCCGUGCGGCGCCAGCGGCAUCCUCAACAUCAACAACCGCAUCGCCCUCACCAGCACCAACAGCUCCGCCUUUGGCCUCAUCACCGACGACGAUGCCACUGUCGCCUUCACCCAGCAGCUCAACAUUGCCUGGCGCUCGUGCAAGAACUAGGCGGCGAGUCCUGCUGCUUCGUCUCGGCUGACUAACCGGGGUGCGGCUGCGCUGGGUUUCGAGGUAGUCUUUGGAAGGAGGAGGGGGAGGUGACAAACAGUUGCGGCUUGUCGUCUCCUCCUUGUUCUGGCAAGACUGACUGCAUUGGAUCCGGGGAAUUUGGGCUGGCUGGUUCGUUGGUUUCAGUCUUCCGCCCGGAGGUAACUGAUACUGCAACCGAAAAAUGGAUUGUGGUCUGGGGUGCGGAUGCCGGGAGCUCAACGGAGGGGCGGGACGGUUGAACGCCUGCAAGUUGGGGUUGCUCGGUGCUCGCGACGGAUCCCAUCCAAUUUUCUUUCUUGACCUUUCUUUCCCUCUCCUUUCCUUUUUCCCAUCUCUCGUCUCGAAUAGUUAUCUGUCUCUAGCACAAGUCAAUCAAGCCUAUCACAUAACGAUUGAUGCC